AUGCCAGGGGCCCUCCAUAGCUCUAUUCCAGCAACAGCAGCAGCUUCCUCCAGCAGUGGCUUCUGGCACCGGGAUGCCAGGGGCCUUCCACAGCUCUAUUACAGCAAUAGCAGCUUCCUCCAACACAGGCUUCUGGCUCCGGGAUGCCAAGGGCCUUCCACAGCCAUUCCAGCAACAGCAGCAGCUUCCUCCAGCAGUGGCUUCUGGCACCGGGAUGCCAGGGGCCUUCCACAGCUUUAUUCCAGCAACAGCAACAGCUUCCUCCAGCACAGGCUUCCAGCACAGGAUGCCAACACCCUCCGCAGCUCUAAUUCAGUAAAAGCAACUGCUUCCUCCAGCAGGGUCUUCUGGCACCGGGAUGCCAAGGCCUCCCACAGCUCUAUUCCAGCAACGGCAGCAGCUUCCCCUAGCACAAGUUUCCAGCACUGGGAUGCCAGGGCACUCCACAGCUUUCUAGCAACAGCAGCAGCUUCCUCCAGCACAGACUCCUGGCACCAGGAUGCCAACACCCUCCACAACUCUAAAUCAGCAACAGCACCUGCUUCCUCCAGCAGGGUCUCCCGGUACCGGGAUGCCAGGGCUCUCCACAAUUCCAUAGCUCUAUGCCAGCAACACCACCAGCUUCCUCCAGCACAGACUUCUGGCACAGGAUGCCAGAGCUCUCCACAGAUCUAUUCCAGCAACAGCACCAGCUUCCUCCAGCACCGACUUCUGGCACUGGGAUGCCAACACUGUCUGCAACUCUUAUUCAGCAACAACAGUAGUUUCCUCCAUUCGGGGCUCCUGGCACCGGGAUGCCAGCACCCUCCUCAGCUCUAUCCCAGCAACAGCAGCAGUUUCCUCUAUUCGGGACUCCUGGCACUUGGAUGCCAGCACCUUUCGCAGCUCUAAUACAGCAACAAUCGCAGUUUCCGUCAUUCGGGGCUACUGGCACCGGGAUGCCAGCACCCUCCUCAGCUCUAUCCCAGCAACAGCAGCAGUUUCCUCUAUUCGGGACUCCUGGCACUUGGAUGCCAGCACCCUUCGCAGCUCUAAUACAGCAACAAUCGCAGUUUCCGUCAUUCGGGGCUACUGGCACCGGGAUGCCAGCACCCUCCUCAGCUCUAUUCCAGCAACAGCAGCAGUUUCCUCUAUUCGGGACUUCCGGCACCGUGAUGCCAGCAUCCUCCUUAGCUUUAUUCCAGCAACAGCAGCAGUUUCUUCCAUUCGGGACUUCUGGCAUCAGGAUGCCAGCAACCUUCGCAGCUCUAAUUCAGCAACAACC